CCUUUUAAUUGUAACUAUACCAGCCUCCACCACCUUUUCUGGCAGCUCAUUCCUUACAUACACCAUCUUCUGCGUGUAAAAGUUACCACUCAGAUCCCUUUUAAAGUUAUGAUCACUAUCCCUAAACACAAGAAAUAGGAGCCCAUUCGGCCCCUUGAUCCUGCUCUGCUCACAAAGAUCACCUGAUCUAACUGUGGCCUUAUCUCCAUUUUCCUGCCUGUCCUCCAUAAUAAGACCAUAGAGUAAGACACAGAAGCAGAGGUAGGCUAUUUAGCUCAUUGAGUCCAUUUGCCAUUCAAAGAACCAUGGCUUACCUUAUAAUUCCGAAUUCUACUUCCCUGCCUCUUCUCCCUAACCCUUGAUUCAUUUACUGAUUAAAAACGUGCCCAUCUCUGCCUUGAAUAUACUUAAUGACCUUCUCUGUAGAACCCUCUGGUGUGAUGACUUCUAUAGAUUCACUAUAUUCUGAGAGAAGAAAUUGCUCUUCUUUUCUGUCCUGACAGACCCCCUUCCUCUGAGAUUACAUGUCCUGGUAGUAGACUCUCCUACAAGGCGAAACAACCUCCGUACAUCUACCUUGUCGAGUCCCUAAGAAUCUUACAGGUCGUUCUGCUAUAACGUGACAGCUGCGUUCCUCUGCAGCCUCGCAUUUUAGAAAAUUGCACUGUAGAAAAUCACUAUAGCCAUUUAACAGGAAGUUUGCGCCAUCCAAACAAAGUUACAAUUCAUCAAGCGCCAACUCGUGCUGACAAAACGCGCUUUAUAGCAGAACAACCCGUAUAUCCUCAACUCCCUUGUCAAUAAAAUAAAUGCUAUUUUAAAAAUUUGUUUCUUGCUCUCUCACACACACAUCUCCACAUUAUAUUUUAACAGUUCACUUCAAUUUUCUGUUUUUCUCACGCAUUUUGUUACCAUUGUAUUUUUAUUUUCUCCCAAACUGCCUUCUUCCUGCUCUCCCUCUCUCCACACUAAUAGUUCAGUCUCUUCCCUAAUAGCUCUCUUUCAGUCUCUCUCUGUUCUAUUGAACAGUUUGAUUUCUUUCACUCUCUCUCUCUCAGACAAUUCUUUGAUCUCUGGCAAUCAGUUUUCCUUCUGUGCCAUGUGCUCCCUGACUGUCCUCUUUAAGACUACUGUCUGUUUAAUCUCUUAUACUCUGUCCAACUGUUUCCUCUAAUUCUUUUAUCAUUUGUCAUCGUCUGUCUGACACGCCCCUCUAUCAGUUCUUUCUUUCUGCUGCCUCUCUCUUGCCCCUGAUGUCAAUUCCCUUUCUGCCUAUCAACUCAAGAUCCCCCACUUUCCUCUGACAAUUCUGUUCUAGAACCCCUCCCAGUUCAUACGUACACCAGCUCAACUGCCCUUCACCUUUCCCAUUAUGAAAGAAACUGAGGGACGAAAGAAAACACCUCGUAGGAAAUGUCUCAUGUCUCCUGUGUGCCCAGAGGCUGCCAGAGGGGAAUGUUUCUUAAUUGUAGGAUUGCCCUGGAGAGCUAGAAGGUGGGUAAAACAGGCUGGUGACCCCACCCAUCAGCAGGAGAGACCUGGUUAGAGAGAUUAGCUGAGGGCUUAAAUGGAUUGUGUGAAGCAGCUGCUGAUCUUCAAUCUUUUUCUGCUGUAUCUAGCCCUCUGCCAGGACAUGCCUGUAGGGACCGUCAAUCCGCGCCGUCAUCACAUCUCACGGAGGAGUGUGCUGGACAUUGCGUUUGUGCUGUGGUGCUACAGGAGCCGCUAUCAGUUCUCCAUUUACAGUGUGAAUGGCUAUGGGUGCUACUGUGGGAAAGGGGGUGAUGGGGUGCCACUGGAUGACUUUGACAACUGCUGCUUCAAUCAUGACUGCUGCUAUGAGGAAGCCCUGCAGGCAUCCUGUGCCAAAGGCACCAACGUCUACUUCAAGCCUAACUACUCCCUGUGCAAAAUGGGCAGGGCAGAGUGCCCCGAUGGCUCAGAUCCCUGCUCCAGUGACCUCUGCCUCUGUGACAAGCAGUUUGGGGAGUGCCUGACUAUUGCUACCUAUCGAGAGGAGUACUCUAACUACCAGCAGAAGUUCUGCACUGAGCCCAAGAGGAAAUGCCCGCAAGAGGAGAAGAUUGACAUGGAAGGGGACACCAGAAGAUAGAACAGGGGCCUCACCUGCCUCAGUUGGA